CUGAAAGGAUUAUUCAACCAUUAUGAUGUAAAAGUUCACUCUAACAUGAGUGCUCAAUUACAAGAAUUAUGUAUUCAACUCUCUAAUUUAGAUGGCAGAUUGCAAAAAAUUUUCCAAGAUAUGUUGAGAGAUAUUCGACAAAGUAUCAGAAAUUUUGAGGUUAAUAACCAGUUAGAGAAUGAUAAUACUCCCAGAGAAGAAAAAACGUAUGAAAUACUUAAUAGUUUUCUUACCUGGCGAA